GUGUUUGUGCAUGCAUGUGUGUGAUCUCAGUCCUGGUUGCGCUCUAAUAAUAGCAGAGGCAGCCUGCUCCUUUAAGAACCCACUUGUUGCAUAGUUUACGAAAUAUAUUGUAACAAAAUGGUUAUUAAAGUCUUCCUCGCCUCUUCGUCGGGAUCCACUGCGAUCAAGAAGAAGCAGCAGGAUGUGGUGGGCUUCUUGGAGGCUCUUAAGGUGGAGUACGCUCAGCUGGACAUCGCCUGCAACGAGGAGAACCGCAUGUGGAUGAGGCAGAACGUCCCACAGGAGAAGAAGCCCGCCAAUGGCAUCCCCCUGCCCCCUCAGAUCUUCAACGAAGAGAGCUACUGUGGGGACUAUGACACAUUUUUUGAUGCCAAGGAAGACAACUCCGUGUAUGCCUUCUUGGGACUCCCUCCUCCACCUGGGUCAAAGGAAGCAGAGCUAGCUGACAAGGCCCACAUUUUGGAAAACGGGACCCAUGCUGAGGAAACUAACGGAGAGGAAAACCUUGAUGAUUCAAUAGAGGUUCCUGUGGAGGAGCGUAAUGGGGAUGCACACGGAGAGGAGGAGCAGGCAGCUGAGGAGGAGGAGGAGGAGGAAGGUGAGGGUGGCGAGGAGGAGGAGGUAGCAGAAGGAGAAACUGCAGAAGAUGAUGCCUUGGAAGGAGAAACAGCAGGAGACGCAGCGGAGGAGGCAGUGGAAGAAACAGACGAGGUCACAGAAGACACACAGGCCCAUGCAGAUGAGGAAGAACAGGAAGAAGCUGAUGAGGACAGGGAGGAAGAGGAUUUGCAGUCAGAGGAGGAAGAAGAACUACGGCAGCUUGAGGAAGAAGAAGAGGCUGAAGUACAAGAGGAAGAAGAAGACGAUGAGGAAGAAACACAGGGAGAAGAGGCUGAGUAGUUAAUGCCAGGAGAUGCUGAUGAUGUUGACUUACUACCAACACAGCCUGAAGGACCCUCCCGUUUCAUCUCUCCCUGACCCCUUUGACGCUUGACCCCCUUAGCCCAUCAGACUGCCCCUCAAUCCUGCACUGGACCCCCACUGGAAACCAUCAGCUGUGUCCUUGCAGCCAGGCGCCGUCCAAACUGAAAAGUCCUAACCUAUAUUUGCCACUCCUUUACCUUUUUGACUGCAAUAUUGACUUAAUUUUUAUAUUUUGCUUGUAGAAUGAAACAUACUGUAGGACUAAUGAAAAUGUGCAGAGGAGACUAGUGGUGUCCGUUUGUCUUUAAUGAGUAUCUUUUGUAAAAUGCACAAACAGUUUUGUUUUACCUUUAAAUAUUCUAGUUUUAUAAUGCAAAGAGACCGCCGCCUUGUCAAAACAUGUAACCUUGGCAAACUUAAUUCGUGGCCUCGAUUUCAGAUUCAAAGGUUCAUAACUCUGUUUUAAAUGAAGUCUAUUGUUUUAUUUCAAUCCCAGUGUUUUGUUCAUUCUUUUUUCAACCGAAUGUGUAACUGACAUCCAAUGAGCACAUGAAUAAUCCGCACAUAAGACUGCAAACUACUCCACCACUGAAAGUACUUCUGCCAAUCCUGCUGUUCAGUCAAUGCACUUUGUGAAACGUGACAAAUACUUGGAUGUAAUGGAAAAUGCAAUAAAGUAGACUGGUAACAAAAAUGAA